GGCGGGAGCAGUUCCAUGGCCUCGGGUCGAUGUACUGCCGAGGAGCAGCCGCUGUGAUCCUCACGUACGACGUGAACAGCCUCCAGAGCCUGACGGAGCUGGAGGAGAGGUUCUUGGCACUGACAGACAGUGCAAGUGCUGACUGCAUCUUCGCUAUUGUGGGAAACAAGGUUGACCUCAGCGAUGACUGUAGCUCGGCUGUGGAUGAAAACAGGCGGGAGAAGUCUGUUGGCAGCUGUGGCUCCAAGGUGCGAAAACAAGUCCACGCAGAGGAUGCAAUUGCACUCUAUAAAAAGAUCCUGAAGUACAAAAUGCUGGAUGAGAAGGAUGUUCCAGCAGCUGAGAAAAUGUGCUUUGAGACCAGUGCAAAGACAGGAUACAAGGUGGAUUACCUCUUUGAAACUGUGUUCGAGAUGGUCGUCCCCAUAAUCGUCCGUCAGAAAGCUGAGGGGCCACCACAGACUGUGGACAUCACGGACUACAAGCCAGCCAAAAGGACAAAGUCAGGGUGUUGUGCCUGA